CUGUAUAGAUGGGACGCACAUUGUAAUUGACCCCCCUGCUGAUCGCAAAGACGAUUACAUUGAUAGAAAAGGCAACGUGACACUUGUAAUGCAGGCAAUUUGCGAUGAAAGGAAGAAGUUUCUAAACGUUUUCAUUGGAUUUCCAGGAUCAAGCCACGACAGUUGGGUUCUCCAAAACUCUCCCGUAUUUAGGAAUUUAUCAUUAUUAUGCGGAGACUAUUAUAUACUAGGAGAUUCGGCUUAUCCUUGUAGUGACUAUAUAAUAACACCAUUCAAAGACAACGGACAUUUAACUAGGGACCAAAAAUAUUUUAACAUACAACUUAGCAAAGGCCGUGUUGUUGUAGAAAAUUCGUUUGGCAUAUUAAAACAACGAUUCAGGCAACUAUACUACUGCAAAUUGAGGGGAAUGAAAAAGUUGUGCCAUUUCAUAGGAGCAUGUUGCGUACUACAUAAUAUUGCCAACGAAAACGAUCUAGAGUUUAUGGACGAACACAUUAAUAACGAAUCCAUUGGAGAAGUGCCUAGCAACGAACCAAAUACAAGCAACCGAGUUCGAAACCAAAUUUUAUUUGAAAUGCGUAGCAAUAGACGUUAAUAGAAUUUUCUAAGUACUUCAUUUAUUUAUGUAAACUUCAAAAAAUAAAAAAUAAAGUGAUUUCUAUACCUUAACCUAUUGCUUCAAUUAACACUUUGAUGUGUAAAUAAGGAAAGACAUUGUAAGUAAAUAUCACCCAU